CGCAGUGGUGAGUGUGCGCCGCGGCUGGGGGUGCGCGUGCCGUGCCGUGAGCGGGGGCCGCUGUCACCGCGCUGCUGCUGCCUCUGCUGCCGCUGCUCCCUCCCUACUGGGGCAUGGCCAGAGCCCAGCAGGAUGGCAGCUCCCCGGAGCCGGUGGAGGGGCUGCCCCGGGAGGGCCCCAGGACCUUCCCCCUGGGCCGGCUCAUGCCCUCUGCGGUCUCCUGCAGCCUCUGUGAGGCCGGUCUGAACCCUUCUGGCGACUCCAUGUGCCCAGCCCCGGGGCCGGCGCUGGCACCCCCUUCCCUCCUGCCCCUCGCCUACUUCUGCACGCGACAGCCCCGUGCCUAUGGGGGCCCCCGCUGGGCACGGGUGGCCAGGAGCCCGGCGGCAGGCAGUCAGGGCCAAAGCGGUUCCCAGCCCUCCCUGGGCCCGAGGUCUGCUGAGGAGGAGGGGGGACAGGAGGGAGAGCCCCAGGGAGCGUCCCCCAUGUCUGGCGGCCCCCCGGGGGUGUUAGGCCCAGAGCACGGGGACCAAGGCGAGCAGCAGGACCGGGAGAUCGGCGCCCAGCUGCGCAGGAUGGCCGAUGACCUCAACGCCCUGUAUGAGCAGCGGAGACGGGAGGAAGAGCAGAGACGCCACCUCUCGCCCUGGAGGCUUCUGUACAAUCUCAUCUCGGGGCUCCUGGCCCCCCACCGAAGGAACCGGAUGCCAGACAUCGAGCCUAACUAGCCUCCGGGGCCGGCUCCCAGGACACCGCGUGGGGGGGCGGCCGGAGGAGGUCUGGAGGGCAGGACCUUCCGACCCGCUUCCUGUGGACUCUUGGCAAAAUGUAGCGAAUCCGAGACGGGCACCCGGGCGCCGCCGGGGUGGGGCGAAUGACUCUGGGUCCAGCCCUGGAAAAGGCCCCUGCCCGGAUUGCUUGGGAGGACAGUGAUGGGGGGGCGGGGGGGUUCUGACCGGACACUGGACAUUGACCAAGAAGGGGCCAAACGUGGGAGACUCCGGACUUGAGGAGGGGGCAGGAGGGGUGCACGGCGGGGGAGGGAGCUGCCCCCUCGCCUCCUGCCAUCUCAGGAAGGGCCACGGCUCUGCCCGUCCCCCUGCCCGAGCAGGCUGACCCUCGCCCCCGACGGGCCUUUUCCCUGGGCCUUUGGUGCUUCGCUCCCUGCCUUGUUGGAAUGAGCCAAAAACGAACCACUAGCUUCCCAGAGGGAAAGAGCCGCUAGUCUAUGCUGUGGAGAGCCAGUCUGUCUUUCCUGAGCCGGCAGGUAACCUGCCCCAUUUUCAUUUCCUUGGGGAGGGGGAGAAGGAAACAGAAGGGGUGCCCCCGUCUCUGCCCCUGCCACGUCCACCCCACCGCGGACCGGAGAGAAAAGCUGGGGCAGAAGGCUCGGG